AUUUACCGUCAGCGCCGUCGGUAGAAAUAUUAUGGUUAGUGAUGUCAGGAAAUGUCAUGUGGCUAGUUCAGUUACUUUUCAGUAAUAUCUACAACGCUAAAUUGACAGUCUGAAGAGAUAAUCAUCGGAAAGGUACUCUGUAUAGGGGAGAUAUAUAAAUUUAUUAAUUCCUUUUUGAGUAAAAUAACAGCUAGCUAGCCAGCGGCCUGGUUACCUGUAAUAAUAAACAUAAAGGAGGCUGCUAGCUAACUGUGCUGUACAGGCUUGUUACUGGCUUUAGGUCUGUAAUGGCAGCGACUGUUAGAAACUGAGUUAGACUUAUAAAACCUGUCAGAAGGGAGCUGUUGUCACUUUAGUGCACUCUGCUGAAAUUCUGCAGCUUGACAGAAACACAGCUUCGUAUGGAAUAAGCAGCUGAACUCAGAAGGGAGCUGAAGAAAGAGUGGCUUCAGGAUGCCUCUGUUCUACAGGAAGAAGAAACCAAGUGAGGAGUCCAAGAAGCGCCUGGAGUAUCAGUUGUGCCUGUCUAAAGAAGCCGGAGCAGAUGACAUCCUGGACAUUUCAAACUGUGAGCUUUCAGAGGUUCCAUCCAGUGUCUUCUCCAUGUGCAAGGUGCUCCAGAAAAAGGUGCUCAUCCUCUGUGGAAAUGAGCUCAAGUCGCUGGUGCCCAAAAGCUGUGUCAUAAGCACUCUUGCAACUAUAAAGGUGUUGGACCUGCAUGAAAACAAGCUCACUUCGCUCCCAGACGAUAUUGGACAGCUGUCCUCCCUGCAGGUGUUGAAUGCAGAAAAUAACCAGAUCAAGGCUCUUCCAGCGUCUAUAGGGGAUCUUCGGAAUCUACAGACGCUUAACAUGAAAGGGAACUGCCUCCGUGAGCUGCCCUCGUCUGUGGGACGCUUGUGCAGUCUGCGCACACUGGACCUGAGUGAGAACAGCAUCAGAGAGCUGCCCAAAGAAUUGGCCAACGUUCGAACCCUGGAGAGCUUGACUCUUGAUGCAUGCGUUAUGAGCUACCCACCUGCCUCAGUCUGCACAGCAGGCACAGAAGAAAUCCAGCGCUUUCUCUGCUCAGAGUUGGGGCUGGAGUACUGUCCUCCUUCACAGUACCUGCUGCCCGUGUUGGAAAACGAUAGCAGCAAGCCGAGCCUGGACUGUGUGGAUGGGGAGGAUAUCGCCUGGCAGAGCAAAUUUAUGGACUACGAGAAGAGAAAGGAGCAGAAGCAGCUUGAGAAGCUGAACUUUGAAAAGAAGCUGGAAGAGAAACAGAGAGAGCAAGCACAGCUCCUUAUUCUCAACAACACUCGCAAAGAGGACAUGCUGCUGUCUGUCAAACUGGAGCAGGAGCGUGUAGAGCAGGGUGUCAGUCAGCAGCAAAAGUUCCAGGAGGCUGAGAGGCAGAAGCUGCUGGAGAAAGUUCGGCAGGCUGAAGCCAGCAUCUCCACCCGUAUCUCUAAUCUGCUGCUGGACAACAAACGCCAAGAAAAAAGUGCUGAAUUUCUGCAGGCUUUAGAGGAAGAUCGAAUCCGUAUGGAGCAUCUUACAGCCAUCACGCAGGAAGAAGCCAGCUCUCUAAGAAAGAGAGACGUUGCAGUUGCUAUGCAGACCAUGUUAUCAGAGAGCUAUGCAGUGAGGUUACUGCAGGAGGCCAGUGAGACCAGGAGACAGAAUAUGAUGUCUGAAGCCUGCAAGAGUAUGAAGACCUUGGACAGGAAGUUUGAGCAGGUUUUGGCCCUGCAGCAGCUUGAUAAAAGCAAAGCCAUCAGCCAGAUCCUUCAGGAGGAGGAGAUGCAGAAGGCAGCAUUUGAGGCCUUGCAGCUCCAAAGGGACAGUGUACAUGGCUACAUUCGCAACCAGAUAAGGCUAAUUGAGGCAGAGUUAAUGCAGCUGACAAAGCUGGAGGUUAAAAGGAGGAAUCUGGAUGCAGAAACCUUGCAGGAGGCAUUGGCAGAGCAGAGGACAGCUCUGUCAGAUAUGCUCCAGCAGCUGCUGAAACAGAAGGACCAGAGGGAGAUGGAACUCAAACAGAUCUUGAUGGAGAUGGAGCUGAAGAGUGACUCUACUCAGCAAAACUACUGGAUGAUCCAGUAUCAAAGACUGCUGGAUGCCAAGCCACUGUCUCUGCGCAUGCAGGAAGCUGGUGUGGAUAAUGACCUGGUGAACUUGCUGUGUAAGCUCUCUGCUCAGCAUUACCUGCCAAUCAUAGCUCAUCACCGAAUCACUGCAGAGGCUCUGCGUCACAUGACCACCAAAGACCUCGGCAAGUUGGGGAUCAGUGAAGUGGGAGUACAGAAAUCUCUCCUCCACUGGGCCAGAGAACAACCGAAUUCUCCUAAGAAGUUCCAGGAGGAACAAGAACCUGGACCGUCCGCACCCAGCGCUCCCCUGCAACAGCAGCUGACCCCGCCUCUGACCCCCAGCACUCCCCUGACCCCUACAGCCCCCAGCCCACUGGACACACCCAGCACGAACGAGUGUGUGGUGUGCAUGGAGGAUAGGUCCCUGGUGGUCUUCUUGCCAUGUGGUCAUAUAUGCUGCUGCCAGGUCUGCAGUGACGCUCUGCAGUCAUGCCCGCUGUGCCGCAGCAACAUCUCUCAGCGCAUCCGCCUUUACCACGGCUGAACCCGUCCAGGACCUGGUCUGACCACUCAUGCACUUUCACACGCUUACAAAAUACCUGCAACUCAGUUACUCUCUUUCGUCAUGCAUGAUGUCCUAGGCUAUGAUUCCCAACAGUAAACCAGGAGCCAAUAAAUCAGGAGUAUUUCAAAUGGGAAAAGAGGCUUGCUACGAGAUAGGUCAUUUAACUUUAUGCGUUUCACUUAGUGAGAAAGAUUCAAAGAUUUUACUCUCCUGAAUUUCAGCAGAUAAUCUACAGCUCUGGUUGUCAUGUUAUAUAUUUGCACUAUUUUAAUACUUGUGCCUUUUUGUGUCUGAUGUGUGCUUUCCCAAAUCCUGACUGUUAUUACAUACAAUUCAUCCUCAUGAUCUUAAACUACAUCAAUUACUAAACUUCUUCCCUAUUAAUCAUGCUUGUGACUUAUGACUUAAAGCCCGUGUCACCUUAUUUCCUUAAUUAGCUUCUUACUGUUAGCUAUAGUUUCUCUGGUGAAUGGAUCAGUGAAUAUAAAAUAAGAAGUUUUUUCUCCAGUUAAGAGAUAUCAGAAUUUCUUUUUUUUUUUCUUUCCAGUUUUCUUCUGGGCAGUUUCAAUUGGGUGGGACUAGAUUUGAUCAUGGGAAUGUCAGACCUACCAAAAGGCAUGCCAAUCAGAAAUAGCCAUCUGCUUACUCCAGCGCCACUGUUACCCCAACCACAGUUACUAAAGUAACUUCUUUCCUGCUGGAUCGCCUCAUUGUACCUGAGCGUGAGCAAAACUGCAACUAGCAGCAUCUUUGUCAUUUUAUACACACUAUUUUAGUGUAGAAGUUUUGUGUGUGGCACUGGUGAGUAAUUCUACCUCUCCUUUUUAACGGUUAAAGGAAUGAGAAUUAGCAGAGUGGCUUCGCUACGAUUUGAGAUACUCAUGAUCUAUACCUAGUGCUGUAAAAAGGUAGGCAAGCAGUGUUUUUGUUUAAUCCUCAGUACUUACAUGGGAGCACAUUGAAAAGAUUACAAUUUCAGAAAAUGCUUUGUGUUUGUAUGAGACAAUCUCACAAAGUUACAAAUGGAAAUGUGAAAAGUUAAUCUGAUCUUGCUGAGCUUCACAGCCAAAACUUAUGACCCUAAACAGUUAAUAAGCUGUUCGCCAUCUGAUAAUAGGCAGUUAAAUAAGAGGACAGUAAAGCUCAUUUUAAUCUCCUUUAUUAAGCCAGUUGUGAUAUUGUGAUGUGGGCUGCUUUUUCACGUUGCAGUGCGAUGCUCUGUUCAUCAGUGUAGCUAGGUGGAAAGAGGAAUGUAUUUACACAAACUACAGUCUUGUAGUUGUAGUCUUGCACCAUGCUGGUAGAAAUAUACACAAACAUGUCACAGCUCUAAUCAGGCUUUUUGUUCCUUGUAGUUAUAACUAAAUUGUAGUUUGGCAUUUAUACGCUCAACAGCCACUUUAUUAGAAACACCUGUAUAUUCAUGCAAUCAGCCGAUGAGCGCAUAAAAUCAUGCUGAUACAGGUCAAGAGCUUCAGGUAAUGUUCACAUCAAACAUCAGACUGGGGGAAAAAUGUGAUCUGCCACUGCUGGGCCCUUGAGCAAGGCCCUUAACCCUCAACUGCUCAGUUGUAUAAAAUGAGAUAAUUGUAAGUCGUUGUAAAGAGUGGCUAAUUGAGUUACUUUAGACUUCCUGUCAGCUCAAACCAGGGGUAUAACUGUUCCUAUUAAAGUGGCUGGUAAGUGUAUAUUUCUUGAUUCUACCAUUGGAGCUUUUUAACAUUUGAAAUAGUGUUGCCAGGGGCUUUAACACCAAAGGGGUUUUUUUCCCCAGUCUGUGGGAAGAUUCUAUCCCCUUCGCUUCCAUUAGCUUUUUCUGAAAGGGGAAAUACCUAUAAAUGUGUACUUAGAUUGUAUAGCCCAUAAACAAGUUGAAGCUGUAUUUAAAUCACUUCCUCAACCUUAUUAAACACUGCCUCCCUCCAACGCUAUGGUUAGGCACAUCAAAUAUCUACAUUUUCAACAUUUUGCAGUGUUAAUGUCUCAGUUAUUGUGGCAUAUUCUGACCAACAGCAGUUAGGUAGGUCAUGUUUAGCAGUCAUGUUAGGUCUGUAGGUCAUGUUUGUUGUUGUUUUAGUUGGCCAGCCUCCAUCUAGGCACCUCCAGGGUGUUUUUCGUUGCUGAGGUGAUUUGUAUUUCUGUAAGAAACUGUUAAUUGAUCAAUAUUCUGCACUGGUGGUGUUUGCCAAAAAUCUUUGGAAAACACAAUAUUCUUGCCACUGCCUUCAGUUUGCUGUUGAUGAAAGUUUGGUAAAGGGGUGAACUUAUUUAAUAUAUAGAUACUCCAAGUUUUUACCCUCAUAUUCACUGAAGUGCUCUUAUAAUCAAGCAUGCUUUCAUCUAGAAAUCUGUCAUUUAGCAUGUCAUAACAUAUACACAUAUAUAUAUAUA